AUGGAUCUCAGUGAGCUGGAGAGGGACAAUAUGAAUCGUUGUCGUCUGAGUUCUCCUGUACCUGCUGUGUGUCUCAAGGAGCCGUGCGUUCUGGGCGUGGAUGAAGCGGGCCGAGGCCCUGUGCUUGGUCCCAUGGUCUACGCCAUCUGUUACUGCCCCCUGUCUCGCUUGGCAGAUCUGGAGGGCCUGAAAGUAGCAGACUCAAAGACCUUGACAGAGAAUGAGCGGGAGAGGCUCUUUGUGAAAAUGGAGGAGGAUGGAGACUUUGUGGGUUGGGCUUUGGACGGCCUGUCUCCAAACCUGAUCUCUACCAGCAUGCUUGGGCGAGUCAAGUACAACCUCAACUCCCUGUCACACGAUACAGCUGCGGAGCUGAUAUGGUACACACUGGACCAGAAUGUGAAUGUCACUCAGGUAUUUGUGGGCACUGUAGAAAUGCCAGAGACAUACCAGGCUCGAUUACAACAGCGCUUUCCUGGGAUAGAGGUGACAGUCAAGGCCAAAGCUGACUUCCUGUUCCCUGUGGUCAGUGCUGUCAGCAUUUUUGCCAAGGUGGCCAGAGACAAGGCUGUGAAGAACUCGUUUGUGGAAAGUUUACAGGAUCUGGAUUCCGAUUAUGGCUCAGGCUAUCCCAAUGAUCCCAAGACCAAAGCCUGGCUGAGGAACCAUGUGGACCCUGUGUUUGGCUUCCCCCAGUUUGUACAGUUCAGUUGGAGCACAGCCCAAGCCAUCUUGGAGAAGGAGGCAGAAGAUGUCACUUGGGAGGACUCAGCUGAGGAGGACCCUGAGCAAGAAUCACCUCACUUCAGCCAGGGCCCGCAGACCUGCCGCCCUCAGGCCCCCCACAGAUACUUCCAGGAGCGAGGCCUGGAGGCAGCCAACAGCCUCGAGGAGCCAACGUGUGCACCACCUGCCCUUCUGACCCAGGAAUAA